AAUAAAAAUGAUGGCAAUCAAUCUUCUAUUGCAGAGCCCUCUACAUCAUCAUCAUCAUCAUCAUCGACAACACGAAAACGGGUAACCAUUGAUAAUGGAUCGAUUCCAAUUACCAACACCAUUGAUGAACAUCAAGUUCAGAAUUCAUCAUCAACACAACCGCCACCACCAUCGACAAACAUUGAAAACAAUCGUAACAACGUAAAAAAUAAAAAUAAAAUCACCGAUCAUUUAUUGACCAUUGAAGAAGUGAUUAAAAAAUAUAAUACAUCAAUCAUUGAUGGCCUAGAUGAACGAGAAGCAAUCGAAAGGCUAGAAAGAUAUGGAUCAAAUACAUUUACACCACCAAAAAGUAAACCAUGGUAUCUAUUGUUUAUCAAAGAAUUGACCAGCGGGUUUGCACUAUUAUUAUGGUUUGCCGGUAUCGCUAGUUUUGUUUCUUUUUUUACUGAACAUAAAAACGAAGAUGCAUAUUUGGGUGGUGCCUUAAUAUCCACCGUCGUUAUGACCGGUUUAUUUUCCUAUUAUCAACAAAUGAGCAGUUCAAAAGUGUUUAAAUCAUUCAAACAAAUGACACCACAGAAUGCAUUCGUUUUACGUAAUGGUCGAAAACAAGAAAUACUUGUCGAACAAUUAGUUAUUGGUGAUAUUGUCUAUUGUCAAGCUGGUGAUCGUAUACCUGCCGAUAUACGUGUUAUACAUUCGGAUAGUAUGAAAAUUGACAAUUCAUCCAUUACUGGUGAAUCAAAACCAUUACUACGUACAAUAGAUCGUUGUGAUGAUCAACAAUCAUAUCUAGAAGCAUCAAAUUUAGCUUUUUUUUCCACCAAUUGUACGGAUGGCAGUGGUAUUGGCGUUAUAAUUGCCACCGGUGAUAAUACGGUUAUUGGUGAUCUAGCAUCAACUGUAUCGAAUAUUGGUGAACAAACAACACCCAUUGCGAGGGAGAUUUCAUUUUUUGUCAAUAUUAUCACCAUUAUUUCAUUAAUAAGUAGUGCAUUAUUUUUUGGUUUAACCAUUUAUUUUGGUGAAUCAAUAUUUGAUGCAUUCAUAUUGAUGAUUGGUAUUAUGGUUGGCAAUGUACCUGAAGGAUUAUUACCUGCAUUGACCGUUGUAUUGACAGUGGCUGCUAAAAGAAUGGCAGCAAAAAAAUGUAUGGUUAAACAUUUGGAAGCCGUGGAAACACUUGGAUCUACAUCGGUCAUAUGUACAGAUAAAACCGGUACAUUAACACAGAAUCGUAUGACAGUUGAACAUCUUUGGUUUGGUGGUGAUAGCUACACAAAUCGUAAUCGAAUGUUAUGUUCAGAUGAAGAAGAAAAUGAACAAAUUAAACAAAGUUUAGAUUGGUUAGCAUUGAAACGUUGUGCAAUGCUUUGUUCAAGAGCUGAAUUUCUUGAUGAUAAUCCGAUUAUAAAAGAACGAAAAACACUUGGUGAUGCAUCAGAAACGGCCAUCAUGAAAUUUUUAGAAGAAUCCAUUGGUCCAGUAGAACAAUAUCGACAGCUUUAUCCUAAAUUGGCCGAAAAACCAUUCAAUUCAACGAACAAAUAUCAAUAUUCUAUACAUAGACAAAUUAAUCCAAAUACGGGAUUAUUUUCCAAUCAUUUUCUAGUGAUGAAAGGUGCACCGGAAAGAAUUCUUGAACGAUGUAAAUGGAGAGUUAAUGAGAAUGGUAAAACCGUACCGAUUGAUGAUAGUUUCAUAAUAAUGUUUGAAGAUGCAUAUCGAGAAUAUGGUUCUCAUGGUGAACGUGUACUUGCAUUCUGUGAUCAUGAAUAUACUGCUGAAGAAUUUGGUGAUAAUUAUCAAUUCGAUGGUGUAAAUCUAGAUGAAAUUAUUACAUUAGAGAAUUUACGAUUUCUUGGCCUCGUUUCAAUGAUUGAUCCACCAAGACCGGAUGUUCCAAACGCUGUUAGCAUGUGUCGACAAGCCGGUAUUCGUGUCGUAAUGAUUACCGGUGAUCAUCCAAUUACAGCACAAGCAAUUGCAAAAAUGUGUGGAAUCAUAUCACAAGUACAUCGUGGUACGAGUAUUGCAUCAUUACGAAGUACAACAUCAAUAAUAGAUAAUCAACGAUCAAUUGUUGUACCGGGUAAUGAAUUAGAGGAAAUGUCGGAUGAAAAUCUACGACAAAUUCUUGAUUAUGGUGAAAUUGUGUUUGCACGUACAUCACCAAAACAAAAAUUCCGUGUUGUUGAACAAUUUCAAGCAAUGGGUGAAAUAGUAGCCGUAACCGGUGAUGGUGUUAAUGAUUCAUUGGCAUUGAAAAAAGCCGAUAUUGGCAUUGCAAUGGGUAUUACUGGAUCGGAAGUUUCAAAACAAGCUGCCGAUAUGAUAUUAUUGGAUGAUAAUUUCGCCACCAUCGUCAUCGGUAUUGAAGAAGGACGGCGUAUAUUUGAUAAUCUUAAGAAAACAAUUUCCUACAUAUUGGCCGGAAAUGUGACAACAAUUUAUCCAUUCGUAUUGUAUGCUACACUCGGUAUACCAUUAGCCAUGUCCACAUCGGUAGCAUUGUUGAUUGCAUUAGGCACUGAUAUAGCACCGGCCAUAUCAUUAGCAUAUGAAAAAUCUGAAGAUGAUAUCAUGAAUAUUGGUCCCAGAGAUGCUAAAAAAGAUCGUAUGGUCGAUGGACGAUUACUACAACGUGCAUAUCUAACUAUUGGAAUUAUGAUUAGUUCGGCAGCAUUUUUCUGCUAUUUCGUAACAAUGUGGCGUCAUGGUUUUGAUCCAUUAAUGUUGAUCCAAUCACAACGUCGUUGGAAUAAUCCAAAUGAUACAUUUCCACGAUUAGAUAUGGAACAUUAUCAUCUACAUGAAAAACCUUCUAUUAAUACGACAUACGAAGAACGAAUGUCGAUUCAAAUCGAAGCUCAAAGUGCCUAUUUUGCCGGAAUAAUCAUCAUGCAAUGGAUGGAUGUGAUUGUUUGUAAAACACGACGUGUAUCAAUUUUUCGACACGGAAUGAGUAAUUGGGUUCUUAACUUUAGUAUCGUAAUUGAAACAAUACUAGCAGCAGCAUUUAUCUAUGUGCCUGCAUUGAAUCAAGUGAUGCAAAUAAAUACAGUUGAUUGGCAUAGUUUUAUAUGGGCAUUCACAUUUAUGGUUCUAAUGUUUUUAUAUGAAGAAUUUCGUAAAUGGAUUAUUCGUCAAUUUCCAUCUUCAUCAUUUUUUAGUAAAGAAUUAUUGGCCUAAACAAAAGAAUAUUCUGGACAAACAAACAAACAAACAAACGAAAUUUUAUCAUUAUCUCUUGGA